UAUUUGUCAACAAGCUUUUGCGCAGAAAUAAGAGAUGAUGUGAUAAAUUUAUUUCUGACGGAGUUGUCAAAAUCAGAGGGUUUAGAAAAAGAAAUUUACCCUGUUAAAACGCCCUUCAAUCCAAGUGCAAGGGUCAUGUUUCCUUUUUAUUUAUUAUUUGGUUAAAGUAAAAUGGUGAAUCCAAUUUGAAAUGUUGAAUAAAAACCAUCACAAGUAAGCUCAUUAACAGUGUUCAAUUACCAAAACAAUGAAUUUGGAAGAUUCAGGGGGAAACCUGGUUCUGGGACCAGGAACCGAGACUGUUUAUGGGACUCACGAGGACUCUCAUGUGGUCAUGUCUGAGAAGGUACAGUCGCUAGCUGGGAGUAUCUAUCAAGAAUUCGAAAGGAUGAUAGCCAGAUAUGACGAAGAUGUAGUCAAAACUUUAAUGCCCCUUUUGGUUAAUGUACUGGAAUGUUUAGAUGCAGCGUAUCAACAAAACCAGGAACACGAUGUUGAGUUAGAACUACUUAGGGAAGAUAAUGAACAACUUGUAACACAAUAUGAAAGGGAAAAAGGAGCACGGAAGACUUCAGAACAGAAGUUAUUGGAGUAUGAAGAUGCUGCGGAAGGGGAAAGAAAGGAGAUGUCUACUCGUUUGGAAGCACUCGAGAGCAUCGUUCGAAUGCUCGAACUCAAACACAAAAAUUCCCUGGAACACGCUGGUCGUUUGGAAGAAAGAGAAGGGGAAUUGAAAAAGGAAUACGCCAAGCUUCACGAGAGAUACACGGAACUCUUCAAAACGCAUGUAGAUUACAUGGAACGAACGAAACUAUUACAUUCUAGUCAACAAUUAGCCAAUGAAAGAGUCGAUUCAGGACGACUGAAUUCCAAUCGCUUGAAUGUGGGAAGAAGUUCGGGACCAAUUUCGUUUGGAUUUGAAUCACUAGCCAAUGCCGAAAUUGUUGAUAGUGUGCCGUCCUCUCCUAUGAGUAGUGCUCAUUCCUCUCCUAGCUUACACAGUGAACUAGACAACGUACGGGACGGUGUCCUUAAAGUUGAGAGGGGGCAAGCGACUGAUUCUCUUAAUCUGGAGAAUAAGAGUGUGAUAACUUCUCCGAUGAGCCCUCAGGCACCGACGCAAAAUAAUAAUAGUCGUAUUAAUACCAAAAAGGAACAAAGGAGUGGAAAUACUUUGUACCAAGAAUUAAGUUACCAUGACGUAGAUGCAGAUGACGAUGGUGGUGAUAUUACAGGUGGAUGGGUUCAUCCAGGAGAAUAUGCAUCGUCAGUCAACGAUAAUUUUUAUGGUAUGGGAAAAGAAGUAGAAAAUCUUAUAAUGGAAAACAAUGAGCUACUUGCAACCAAGAAUGCUUUGAACGUUGUCAAGGAUGAUCUGAUAGUAAAGGUGGACGAGUUAACUGGAGAAAUUGACAUGUUGCGGGAAGAAAUUUUAUCUUUGAACGUUUCUAGAACUAAACUGAAAGAAAGGAUUAGCGAUCUAGAAGAUGAAAUGAAGAAAAUUAAAGAAGCUAACGAAGCUAAGCAAGAAGCUGACGAGGAAGCUGACGUACCUAUGGCUCAAAGGAAGAGAUUUACUAGGGUCGAAAUGGCUAGAGUUCUUAUGGAACGUAAUCAAUAUAAGGAACGUUUUAUGGAACUCCAAGAAGCCGUCCGUUGGACCGAAAUGUUGCGAGCGUCAAAAAGCGACGCGCCGUUCGAGAAAAACAGCAACAAAAGCAUCUGGAAGUUUUUUAGUAAUCUCUUUUCGGGAAACGAGCGAGUUCAGAGGCCGAUGGUAGUACCUCAUCUGAGGUACCAAACGACGACCAAUCAAGUGACGCCUGGAAUCAAAGCCCUCCCUAGGAUCACUCACCACGACCUCAUCGAAACGGAGAUCGGUUCGGACAAGUUGGUUCUCCGAAAAGCGUUGGAAAGAAAGGACCAAUACCGACAAGUGAGGGCGCAUGUGAAGAAGGAAGACGGCAGGUUACAAGCUUAUGGAUGGAGCCUGCCUGGGAAAGUAGGUUCGGCCAAUUCGCAAGGACGACAAAGUAGUGGGGGAGUACCUGUUCCAGUACCGGUCUAUUGUCGACCGUUGGCGGAGACUACGCCAGAAAUGAAGAUUUGGUGCGCUGCCGGAGUUAAUUUGAUGGGAGGAUAUACCAAAGAUGGAGGAUUGAUGGUUGGAGGCAGCGUUUUUUAUUCCGAUGAGCCAAAAUCUCCCUCGCCAAAACCUCAAAACGAAAUGGAAACCCUCGACCAGGAACUAAACUAUGGCAAAGACGGUGCUCUGCUGGAAACUCGCCUCUCAUCGUACGUUUGGAUAUGCACUACCACCCAAAUCAUAGGUACCAACUCCCAAACUCAAUCCGCUAGUCUAGUGACCGUCAUCGACGCGAAUAACCCUGCCGAACUCCUCAACAGCUUCGGAGUAUGUUCAGGUCAUGUCCUCUGCAUCGCCAGCGUUCCAGGUGCUAGUCCAAGUGAUUAUGAAGAUAAUCUGCCCAAGAUUGAAUGCGAGUGUAGUGAGGUAAAUGUAAGUAAAGAUAAUGAAUCAUCUGAUGGCAACGAAAAGGAAAAAGGAGAGACUGGAAACGGCAGCAAUAAUAAAAACACUGAAGAUACUUCUAGUCAAGAUGUGUUUGAUAGUCCAGCUCAUAGACAGUCUAAUAAUAAACCAAAACCAGUAACAAUAAACUCUAGAUGUCAAGAAGAACAGACGGAAAUGGCGUUGCUUGGUAAAAUUAUAUAUGUCGACAAAGACGAAUCAGUUGUAAAUAGGAGGGAUAAAUAUGCCAAACAAGAAAACGUUAAUUGUGAUAAUAAUAGUAAAGAUAAUUUAGAUGAAACUAAUGCGUCUUGUGAUAACAAUAGCGGCGGUGAAGGUUCUAAUGCUGAAACCAGCUCAAAAAAUACUCAGUCAACAGAAAGUGAUAGUACUCAAAAUGAGGAACCUCAAAAUCAAGAGGUCAUGUCCAGUGUAUUGGCUACCAUGUGGAUGGGCGACGAAGAAGGAAAUAUUUAUAUUCAUUCUUCGGUAGCGAAUUGGGCUCAGUGUCUGCACACUGUUAAAAUGAAAGACGCUGUUAUAUCAAUAGUCCAUCUAAAUGGAAGAGUAGUAGUGGCAUUGGCUUGUGGUCAAGUCGCUGUUUUUAGAAGAGAUUCAGAAGGUGAGUGGGACUUGUCGCAAUAUCAUUUAGUACACAUUGGUCUUCCUCACCAAUCUGUACGUCAAUUGGCUGUGGUAGGAGACAAAAUUUGGUGCGGAUAUAGAAAUAAAAUACACGUGUUACAACCUCAUGAUAUGCAGAUUAUCCACACGUUGGAAGCGCAUCCAAGGCGAGAGAGUCCGGUCAGGCAAAUGGCAUGGCUAGGUGAAGGUGUUUGGGUGUCGAUUCGAUUGGAUUCCACGCUAAGACUUUAUCAUGCGCAUACAUACCAACAUCUACAGGAUGUAGACAUUGAACCUUAUGUUAGUAAAAUGUUAGGAACGGGUAAAUUAGGAUUUUCUUUAGUUCGAAUAACUAGUCUUCUUAUUUCAUCGAAUCGGCUGUGGAUCGGCACGAGUAAUGGAGUAAUAAUUUCUGUACCAUUGUCCGAUGGUAAUCCUGCCGCCCUCAUUCCAAGAACCAGUUCGUUGCCGGGCCAAAUGAACGUUAGAUUUAGGCCAGUACCAGGAAAUGCUCCACCAUUCUGUACCAUGGCGCAUGCGCAGCUAAGUUUUCACGGGCACAGGGACAAUGUUAAGUUCUUUGUAGCUGUACCUGGAAGUGGAGGAAUGAGUGCAGCUUCCACGCCAUCAGAGGCAAUGUCCGCUUCAGUAUCUUCAGUAGGAAAUACACUGAAAAGUCCAACGGCGAUGCUGGUCAUUUCUGGCGGCGAAGGUUACGUGGACUUCAGAAUCGAAGACGAUGAACCUAAGGACGGAGCUUCUCACCUACUUGUUUGGCAACUACUAACUGAUAUUCCUGGGAAUCCUAUGGGGUGAUGAAAUGGAAGAGAGCAUGAUAAGUAACACCGAGAUAGGUGUGUCGGAAGAAGCACAGGCUGGAGACAAUCCGAUCCGAUCUGGUGAUCUGAGUCACCUAAUAGUUUGGCAAGUAUCAUCCAGUUAAGUCCAAGUUCAACACUCAGAAAGGAAAGCUGGAUUAGUUUUCUAAUUAAGUAACAUGUGAUAGUAUUUUAGUUUUUUGCAUUUUCUUUUAUUGUAUUUUCUAUGAAACGAUGGUAUAGAUCAGUCUAGGAAAUGUGCUGAAUCUUUUUAUUAGCAAUUUUAGAACUGCUUCGAUGGUGCAUUUAGCUACAUAUUAGUUUUUAACACUUUUCAUUAUUAUUUAUUUUAUUGAAUUAGAAAGUGCAAGAAACUAAUUUACAAUGUGAAUGUCUUUUAAAUGUUUUUUUAACAAAUCGAAAGUAACAUUUGACAAACAUAAACGUUUAAUCCAACAAUAAAACACUGAAAACGUUUGUUUUCUAUACUUCCACAAAAUUUAUGAUAACUAUGUGACUACAGCUGUUUCGGCAGAGUGCCUUUCUCAAGUGAUUUAGUUUACUAUGUGUUUGCCUUUUUAAAGUCUUUAACUGAACAGGUUGAGGAGUGGGGAGCUGUUUGUCUCGAGUUGGUCAUUCAGAAUUAUAUCUGUAUUUUUCAAUUUAUUAAUUUCCAUAGAUUCUAAUAAAGAUAGCUUAAGGCCUUUAUUUUGAAUAUGCAGGAUUUGAAACUCUUCAUUAACAGAAUUAUUAUGAUCGAGAAGGUGAAGUGCGUAUGUAGAAGUGUCUGUUUUUCUAUUGUUGAAAGCCCUUUUGUGUUCUGCUAUCCGUUUGUCAAAGGUUCUGCCAGUUUGACCGAUGUAAGUUUUCGGACAGUCACCACAAGUUAGUUUGUAAACACCACUCUGUAGUUGCUUUCUCUUUCGGCUCUUAUUGUUCUUAAUACAAUAUGCUUAAUGCUUAAGUUGUUGUUAGUUCUGAAAGCUGGUGUUAUUCCUUUCUUUUUUAUGUAUCUGGCUAUUUUUGUUGUUAUCUUGCCAGUAUAAUAUGUGAUAGAGCAGAAGGUACUGGGUUCUUUCUGUGGUGGUCGAAUCCGUUUAAAUAAACGAAUCCGAAUAAACGUUUAAAUAAUGUAAAUUAUAUGCCAUACAUUUUACUUCUACUUCCGAUAUGCGGGUUGUUCGGCCGCGCAUGACUGCUGCGUGAGCGUUUUUCUCACCAUUUUCUCUGAUUCUCUUUCUAUACACCCUGAUUCUCUUGGUUCUCGCAGAACCACAUUGGUUCUUCAGUCAUUACUAUUUUUCUAAUUUUCUCUCUCUAUAGGGAUUCUGAAUAUAUAUUUGUAUCUGCCUUCAUCUUUUAGUUCAAUUUCUAUGAAACUAAAUCAUGGGCUUUUAAUAACAGCAUAGUCCACAAAACUUCAAGUGACACAGAGAAUUAUGGAACGGAGAAUGCUCAACGUUAAGAUCAGCAAUCGCAAAUUAAAUGAAGAAAUAAGAAGACUAUCCAAAUAUGGCCCAACAGAUUAAAAUAAUAAUCUCCCGUUUUAUACCGCUAACGCGGCUUUGGAAUUAUAGCAGGGUAGUCUACUAUAUCUAGGGCAUACGGUAUACAAGGAAGGUAACAGGCCAGUGCUACGCUUCAAUCGCCUACUAUUACCACUGGUUUUAUCCAAGGUUCUCAUUUUAUUCAGGCUGUGUCGACCUGGGGCGUAUAGACAUUUUAAAAAUGUCUAGAUGUUCUCGCCGGCGCUGGGAUUCGAACCCCGGCCUACCUGCAUGGAAGUCAGACAUCCUACUGCUUGAGCUACUCCUCCCCGAACAUUUCACGGCAGCGCGGUUUUGAAAUAAACACGGAAACGGCAAGACAUAUUUGGCACGAACGGCAAGAUUGACUGUAUUAUCGGCAUAUUUUAAAUUAUUAAUUGUUUUGUCGUUGAUUCUGAUUUCUGUGUUAUUACUUCUAAGAGCCUCUACUAAGAUAUUUCCUGAGUACAUUAAAGAGAAGUGGGAAUAAUAUACUUACAUCCCUGUCGUACACCUUUUCUUGUGGCUACCUCCUCCGACAUGUUGGUCUCUACCCUUACCAUCUUACCUUCUUUAUGUCCUAUUAUUUCUUCCGUCAUCUACAGUUGUUUCUUUAUAUUGAAGGAUUAUACACCGAAGGAACAUCCACUCCCGGAUAAGUUUUUGGCGGUUUUUAAUGAAUUUUUAUGAUGGUCAAUAUAGUUUCCGAUAAGUUUUCAGGAAUAGUCAGCUGGUUUUCUGUAAAUUUGUAACUGAUUAACUGUAAAAGUCGAUAGUCCCUAAAAAAUUAAUCAAAAUCAAACGAUAAUUAAUUCUAAUCGUUGUGUUUGUCUUUAUUUGUAACUUUCGAGUGGUUAUCAUGUUUUAUAUUUUAAUCGCCAACGAUAGUGAAAACAAAUCUGAUUUUUUAUCAAAAAUAUUCACUUUAAACUGCAUGGCAGAGUUUUCAUCUGUUAAUUGCAGUUUGAACAACGAAAAUGUGCUAAAUUACGUUUAUUUAAUUUGUACACAUCAUAAAAACGUUAGUUAUUUUCUUCUUUUUAGAAACAAAAAGGUAAAUACAUUUUUGGGAUCACUUUUAUAUGAAGUAGUUUUACUAUAAGUAAGUUAAAGUAACUAAGUAAUAGAAAUUUUUUACUAUUAUAACUUUUACCAUUAUUGCUGUUUUGCGGGUCACCUAUUUGACCUUCGGGGGCUCAACUCGGAUUUGUUGUAUUCGCAAUGAAAACAAAGUAUCUGACCUCUGGUGGAAUAAAUUUAAACUACUAAAAGUGGUAGGUAUAAACAAACCAGAAAGCUGUUGAUUUGAAUGGAAUUUGGUUUAUAUUAAAAAAUUUUUAGUAAAUUUCAGCAGUAUGGGUACAUUAAAUUUUUUAAAUAAAAUCGGUAUUGUUCUGUUCCUCAUUGAAUGUUUGUUUAUAACAUUUAUUUCGGUCAUUUUACUGCGUUCGACCUGCCCUCUAUAUUCAUUUUCAAUCGCGAAUAGUACACAAAUCACUAAAUUGUUAGCUGAAAAGGCACCAAAAAACUAUUUAAUCUGAAAACUGCGUAUAGAUGCGAAAACCUUAUAAUUUAGAUUUGGCAAAAUUGAACGAAGAAAAUAACUAACUUACAGCGCACUUAAAUUAUUUUAUGAAUAAACGUCUACAAUUGUAAGCCAGUAGGUGCAAAUGUUAGGUUAUGAUCAUAUUUAACUUUUAAUUUAUUAAUAGUUUAAUUUUGUAUAUUUUACAUGUUAUUUGAAUUUGUUGUUAUUGUUUCAUAUGUUAUAAAAGAUGUUUUGGGGGGUUAAAGUAAUUAAAUUAUUGUUAUUUUUUUUUAAAUUUUGUUAGGGUUAACAAUACUUCAUUCCAGUGAACCGUUAUAUACAUACAUGUAGUAAAAACUGUUUCAAUAAAUAGUAUAUUUAAUAAGACUGAAGAGAAGAACAAAGCAUAUUGGAGAUCUUACAUUAAACAUAUUUUCGCAAGAUCUUCUAAACCAGUGGUGGGCAAAAUUUUUUAAUGAGGAGCCACAAAGUUAAAGAAAUUUUAUAAGAGGGCCAGAAUUAUAGAAAAAAUACAUAUUGUGUUAAAGUUAUAUGUAUAAUAUCCAUGUCAAUGGACCCUCAGCGGGCCGGGUUAAAUACUUUCGCGGGCCGUACUUUGCCCAUCACUGUUCUAAACCAUCUGGCAAUAUGGACAUGGACACGUUAUUUGAAGGGAUGAUCUUGUGAAACGUACAUGCAGGGAAGGUUUUAGCAACGAAUAUAUACGCAUAUAGAAGCACGCUUCAAUUCAAUUUUUUGGUAUAUGCUGUGAGGGAACAUUUUACUUUUUGAAGUUAUUCUUCUUUAGGCGCGAUUGAAAGUAAAAUUUUUCAUAAAUCUGCGCGCAUGCGCACACGGACAGUAUGUAGUUCGUUUCUAUUUCAAGAUAUUAUCUGUAUCAGCGCAAAUAAGUCAUUAAAAGAAUAAAAUUUAAUAUAUUAGUGAUUUUAGUAAAUGUAUUAUUUAUUAUAAUUUUUGUUUCUUUGAAUUUCUCUUCUUCUGUAGUAAGAUAAUAAAAUAUGUAGGUAUAACAUUUUUAUCACGAUACCACUAAAUCUAUUUGUCACCGUGUUGUGUAAUUAUAUCCGAAACUUACGCGUCAAUUACAGGUGGUCUAGUUGUUGAGCGUUCGGUCAGAGAUCGAAAGGUCCCGGGUUCCAAUCCUGGACGAUUCAUUUUUUUUUAUUUUUGGUUGUUUUAAUAAAAAUUUUUUGAAAGUGGUAGAUAAGAAAGUUAGUUUAAUAUUUAAAUAGAAUACAAAUAACCUGUUAAGUAUAUUUACUUCGUUAAAAUUAUAUAAUAGAAGAAUAACUUCUUACGUGCGUACAAAGUACACACACAUUCUUUUUUUUAUUUCUCUUCUCUCAAUACUAGGGGCGUUCAUGAUAUCCCCUUCACCACGGCACCGUCCCUCGUCCAUAAACUACUAUUGCUUCUAAAAUAUGAAAUAGUGGGGCCGGGAAUGCUUAGCCUUAAAUUUUUGCAUUUUAUAGAGUUGGAGAUCAACACCAUAUCUUGCAUCAUAUUUUUUUUUGUAGAAAAAAAGAUGAUAAAAAAAGAAAAUAUUAUUUUAACUUUUUAUACUUUUUAAUAACUGAAUCUGUUUAGAACUAUAAACAAUAUUGUGAUUCAAAUUUUUAAUUUACAUGUGUAGGAAUCUGCAAAUAAAAUGAUAAAGUUUAUGUAGUCGUCAUCUACAGGAAUAUUUUGAAGUAUACUAACCGUGACCAUUUCUCCCAUUUAAAAAAUGCUUCUAUAUGCGUCUAUAUUCGUUGGUUUUAAUUAAAAGAGAUAGAGGACAUUCUCACAACUCUUGGUGGUUCGCUGUCAGAAGUGUGCAGUUUGUGAGAGGAUGAUAUGAGAGAAAUUAAUCAACUCAUGAUGUGAUAUCAUGAUAUUGUAAUAGGGCUUUUCAUCGAUUGCAUUUGUUUUGAGCUUCUGUCAUAUGUCGUAUAAUCCGUGUAUAUUAAUAUUAUACACAGAUUAUACAACAUAUGGCAGAAGCUCGAAACAAAUGACUGUGAAUGAAAAGCCCUAUACAUUAACGACUAAUGGCCGGUUUCACCAACGACAAAAAUAGUAGUUACUCGACGAAUAAAGUUAUUCAACCAAUAAACUGACACAUCUACGUUUCACUUACGUCAAAUAACAUUUGAUUUAUUUAUUUAUCAAAUAAGUAUUUACUCUUUGAAUAAAUUGACAAGUCAAUCUCGUUUUAAAUAUCUAUAACAAAGAAAAUUCGUCAGUAUAACUUUAAGUUGUUAAAAUUGUAUUGAAACA